UCAGUGAAAUUAAUAGGAUUUAUAACCUCAUUUUUUUACACAACUUAAUGCUUUUUAGAAAAAUGAAUAUAUUGUCACGUAAAAUUAAAACUGCGGUUUUUAUUGGAUACAGGAAUAUACCUAUUUUAAGGAAGUGUAGUAAUAAUGUUCCAGAUUUCGAUAUGGAAAAUCCGUUUCAAAAAGAAAAGCAGCAGUGUGUUUUAUGUAAAUAUAAAAUUCAUGUGGAUUAUAAAAAUGUAAGACUACUUUCACAGUUUCAAUCUCCAUACACAGGACGCAUAUAUAGUAGACAUAUUACUCGUUUGUGCAAGAAACAACAAGAAUUAGUUGAGAAGGAGAUUAUUAAAGCCCAAAAUGCUGCAUUAAUGCCUACUUAUUUCAAAGAUCCAAAGUUUUUGAAAGAUCCAUUGUUAUUCGACAAUGAUAAACCUUUAAGACCACAUCGAUUUUAAUUAUAAGGUAUAAAGUACAAUAAAGAAGUUAGUAUAUUAAUA